AUGACACACUCAACGUUUCUCUGCAUCACACUAGUACCACAGAGAGAGAGAGAAGAGAGGAGGUGAACCAUAGAAGGAGGAGAGGAGAGGGGGAAGCUCUCCAUGAGACGAGCGAGUAAACCAAGAGAAAGGGAGAGAAAACUAAAGGAGGAGAUAGGAGAAGAUAAAGGAGAAGCUCACGAAAAGGAGAGCAAUGAAAAGAGUCAGAAACAACGCAGAGGAAAAAGAAAGGAGGUGAAGAGGACCGAAGCCAAAGCAAGUAGAGGGGAGGAGGAGGAAGAGGAGGAGGAGGAGGAGGGAAAGAAGAAGAGGAGUAAAGAAGAAGAAAGUGGACAAGAAGAAUAACAGUAGGAGGUGAGAAGAGAGAGACUUUAAGCAGAAGAGGAAGCAGAAAGUCAGAGAGGAGGGUGAGGGGAGGAAGUGAAGAGGCAGGACAAGGGAGGGAAGGAGGAGAUACCGGAGGAGGAAUAGGAGGACAAGAAGAGGAGCAGCAGUGUCAGCAUGGAGGGGGACAUCAGGAAACAGGGGAUGCUCUACCUGCAGCAGCAGAGGUUUGGAAAGAAAUGGAAGCGUGUGUGGUGCGUCCUGUUCAGAGACAGUUCCUGUUCGAUUUCCAGACUGGAGUUCUUUGAAUGUAAAGAUGGAGGAAGUGCAGAGAAGAGCGACAAAAAUCUUCGCAAACAUCAGGAGCACAAGAAGGUGAUCCGUCUGGCGGACUGUAUACGUGUGUCGGAAGUGGACAUGGACGGAUGUCCUAGAGACACGGGACCCUUCCUGAUCGAGACCACCGAGAAGAUCUACGUGUUCGCUGCGGACCGACUACAGCUGGACGACUGGACACACAAACUGUGUGAGAUCGCCUUCCCUACUAAUUGGACAGAACACGGAGUGAAGAGAGGAAGCCUGCAGAGAGGAAACAGAGUGGACGAAGAUGAAGGAAUGGAGGACAACUCGCUGUACAGCGGCAGAGAAACAGUGCGUGAUUUCAGAGUGUGUGUUCGAAGGACAGAGGCGGCUGAUCGCUGCAGACUGAAAGGAGACGGAUUCCUGCGAGCAGAUGGUGACGCUCUUCACCUGCUGGAUAAGGCUGGAGACAUUGUUUACACCUGGCCAUACAGAUACCUUCGCCGCUUCGGACGAGACAAGUCCACCUUCUCCUUCGAGGCUGGCCGGAGGUGCGACUCCGGUGAGGGCAGUUUUGAGUUCGACACCAAACAGGGGAACAUCCUGUUUCAGGCCGUGGAAACUGCUAUAAACCUUCAGCGGAUCUCCUGCCCCCAGAGGCAGACCUCUGGGGGAGGCCGGGUGAGUCCAGAGACCUCUCAGGACGGGAACCUGCCCCCUCCGCCCCUCAACCCACCCCUGGCCCAGUGCAGGAUGGCACCGCUGCCUCAGCUCCGCGGCCAUAUCCCACAACCCCCUGCUGCUCAGGCUGAUGACGGCGUGUACAGCAUGGUGACUGAAACUCCGAAUCUUCUUAUGAUUCUUCAAAAAGAUAAAGAGAGCUCCACUUCUUCACAACUGCAACACCGCCCCCAGCUGUCUCGUCUAGAGCCUCCAGUUGACAAAACGCUGACUGGUGUUAAGAGUUUGACUCUGGACACUCGCGGCAUCCCUGUCCCUCGUAAGAACCAGGUCAAGAUGAUCUCCAGCUGCCCUCUGCCUCACGCCGGCCCCGAGCCCGGCCCCAACCUGGCCCAGGGCCCCGGCUCCACCCACAACCCCAGUCCUCGCCUCAGCCCCAAAACGAGCUCCAUCCCCAACCUAGACGAGACGUACUCCCAGAUCAACCUGCCGACCGCCGCAGAGCGAGGCGCCAAGAGGGAGAAGAGAGGCGGCAGUGUGGCUCCCUCCUGCACCCCCCCCGCCAUCCGCAAUGAGCCGGACUACUCCCUCCCCUUCGACACCAUCGCCAUGAACGUCAUGUCAGAUAUCCUGAACUCCCAUCAGGCUCCAAGAGCUGAGUCUGGCGCAGACCCGCUCUACGACAGCAUCGACGAGAUGAAGAUCAGAAACAUCUUCCUAAGCGCCACCCCUGCUGCCGGCGAGCUGCAGUACAGGAAGGUGGAACACAUCUACGACGAGCCCGAAGGCUGCGCCGCCGUCCCUACGCAGAAACCUCCCAGCUCCGUGUACGACGACCCCGAAGAAAUGAGAGGAGAUGCCUGGAGGAUUAUGGGUAUACCUGCUGACCCUAAAGGUCACGAGUACCCGUACAACGCCCGGGUGGACGACUACGCUGUGCCCAAACGAGCCCAGAGGGUGCUUCCUGUUAAACAAAGCACAGAGAAAGAAGAAGAAGAAGACGAAGACGAAGAAGAAGAAGAAGAAGAAGAAGAAGAAGAAGAAGAAGAAGACGGGGAGGAGGAGCCACAGGAGGAGGAGGAGGACGAACGGAGCAAGGAGCAGCAGGAUUCACCGUACAAAAACAUCAUGGUGAAGAUGGCGUAGAAGAGACAGGAAGCAGCUGUGAGCAUUAACAUGAUUCAGAUAUAAAUAUUUAGGUUUAUUAUUUAAUCCAGCUGGCAGACUGAGCCGAUCACUGAGACUCUGGUUUUUAAAGUCGUGACUCUCUGGCUGAUCUGCCAUCUUUAGUCUCUUUGUAUAAUAUCGCUUUGCACUGGCGUACUCCACUUCUCUGGAGGACAAGCAGUGCCUUCUUCUGUGUUCAAAUUUAGUGUUAAAUAAUUCACAGUGAAAUUGUUUCUGCGCAUCUCGUUUUUUCCCCUGCUGACUAGUGCUCUUUGAAACCUAUCAUUAUCAUUAAAGGACAAUUCUGGCGGAAAACGAACCUAGGGAUUAAUAACAGAUGUGUACCCACUCGAUCGUUCUCUGGGACAUGUUUUCAUGCUAAUCAAAUGUGUUUGUAGCUUGAAACAAGCUAGCCUGGACCGUUGAUUAGCUUACAGCGCUAGUAUUUGGGGCACAGGGAAAGUAAAAACAAAUCGCUAUUUAUACCACUAAAAAGGCUCAAACUAUCACCACGCUUCAACGGUAGCAUACAUGUUAACUGAAGCAUUGAGAACAUGUCUGUACAAGUGUACAGACAGUUUAUUAAAAAGAUAGUUUAGAAAGACAGUAGCUCCCAAGACAGCGGCCGCCUAUUUACGAGAACACAACUGUUUUUAUAAUACUAGCGUUGUAAGCUAAUCAGCGGUCCGCGCUAGCUUGUUUCAAGCUACAAACACAUCUGAUUAGCAUGAAAACAUGUCCCAGAGAACGAUCGAGUGGGUACACAUCUGUUAUUAACAGGUUUGUUUUGAGCCAGAAUUGUCCUUUAAAUCAUUUAAUCUAUGAAAUAGUUAAAAAAAAAAAAAUGACCAUCACAGUUUCAGAGUCCAAAGGCGUCUUCUAUUGUCUUGUUUUGUCCGACCAACAGUCCAAAACACCAAAGAGAUUCAGUUGACUCCUGAUGUGAAGCAGAUAAUGUACGACACUGGAGGAACUGACACCAGUUCCUUUGAAAACAGAGACCUACGCCACCUUGUGCCUCUGCACUGAGCUGUAGCGCUGGACAAAAAUGGACAAACAAUUCUUUUCUAUUUAUACUUUAGUUUGAUUUGUACUGGGUCUUCUUCUUGAUACCGAGUCUCGUACAGACUUGCUGAAGAAUACCAAAGAGACCAACUGGGAGCUUCGGGGCAGAUUUCUGUAGCUGUCACGAUACAACAAAGAAGCCGGUAGAUUUGUGUUUAUUUACUGUAUAAAUAAUACAAACGUUCCAUCAACUCAAUCAUCACAGUAAAAAUACCUUGAAUUCAUUAGUUGUUAUCAGCUUUACAGUAUGUCGCCUACAUUUUUAUAAUUUGAUAGACCUGACAGAUUCGAGGGACCUACACAUCAUGUUAGUGUGUCCUGCUCUCUGUGGCCUAAAACGUGCAAAAAAAAAUGUCAAAGCGCGUGCGUGUGUCAACUCUCCAAAGCAGCAGUUUGUCACGUUCUCUCCCUUAACGACUCAUCUUGGCUGCUGCACGUUUGUCUGACACUUCUGGUGCUGCAGGUGUGUGUGUCACUUUUUAAAUUUUUUCCCAUUUAUUCCUGUGAGCUUUUGCUACCACGUGCAAAACUUUUUUUGUUCUCUUAUCGUCAUGUGGUGAUGCACCUGAAAGCAGAGGCUGAUGGGAAAACUCUCCCUGCUGGUGCGUUCAAAGAUGCUCAGACGUCUGAGGUAUAAAUGCAGCAGUAGAUCAGCUUGGACUUUAAUGGUUUACUUGUUUGACUUUUUUACACCAGAGCUCCUUAUUGAAAUAUUUUAUGACGGAUGUCGGAGCAUCUUUAAACGCACCAUCUUGGCCAGUGUUGAAAAUGGUCUCUGCUCAGCAUCGGUAGAUUAAUUCAUACGUUUAACAAGAGGUGUUGAAAUUUUUCAUGAGAUUUAUUCGAUUUUUCUCUUUAAUUUUUAUUAAGAGAAGUGAUUUUGGAAGAAAAUAUGAUUUGUGAACAUAUUAUUUCUUGAUAUUAUUUCAUGGAUUUGACCUCAGAGCUGCAAUAAGCAGCUCCUUCCAACAGAGGGCAGCAGAUCUAACAUCUGUUUAUUACAGUAUUAUUGUAGAUAAUCAGCCAAUCAGGAGAGACCAUAUAUAUCAUCUGAAUAUUAUCAUCACAAACCUGAUUUUAAUCAUCAUCAGACUGAAUUAAUUUUUUUAUUUUUCAGUUCGAAAUUAAGAAAAAAAUCCUUAUCAUGCUUUCCUCUCUGCGGUUGUGUACAGAUGUCUUGUGAGUUAUCAGCUGUGUGGAGCCUGUAAAUCUGAAAUAAAUCCUGAUUUUUGAUGUAUUA